AUGCGCCGACCUUCAGACGCCAGCUCUAUAGGUCCGUAUUCAAUCAGAAGCGAAAGGAGAAGUGAGAGAAGCGAAUCCCGCAAUGGCUCAAGGAUGGCGCCGCCAAAUGGUCCAAAUGGUAGUUUGGGUAUCCCACCUUCGCCUGGUAUACCACCUAAUGAUUACGGUCGACCGACACCAAAAACCUUUCAAAGUAACACGAUUGUUCCGAACAAAAGUACUAUGGUGAAGACGAUGAGGAGCGGACCUGAAGAUAAUGAUGAUGAUGAUGAUGGGGAUGCUUUCGGAUUGGAGGGAGCUGCAAGAGACCGAGAGAGUAAGAAAAGCAUUGGGGGCUCAGAGAUCGAUCAGAAACUCAUUGAUGAUUACCAAUCCCAAAUUGCAGAGCUUCAAGAACGACUUGAUUCCAUGGAAGAUGACUUGAAACGAAAGGAUGAUGAACUUAAUAUUGUUAUGGACCAGCAAAGGGGGAGGGAUGCAUCGGUAGACGCGGAUAGAAAGGAAUGGGAAGACCUUAGAAUAGAUCUCGAAAACAAGCUGGCAAAUGCGCAAAAUCUUAACGACACUCUACAAUCAGAGAUUGACCGAGCACGGGACUCACAAGCCAAUUCGGAAAGAGAGCUGAAGACUCAGAUUGAAGAGCUUCAAAUUGCUCUUGUAGACGCUGGUAAAGGCAUGGGAUCCGGUGAUGCAGAUCUGGAACGGGAAAACGAAGAGCUCAGAGCUGAGCUCAGAGAGCAACAAGAAAUCACCGAGGACGUUCGAAGUGAAGCCCAGGAGUUCCUUCGCGAAAUGAGGAUGUUGUCCGAACGAAGUACUGCAUCUUAUGAACGCGAGGAGCAACUUGAGACCAUGGUCAACAAGUUAGAGGAUGAAGUUAAAGAAUGGAGAAAUCGAUAUGCGAAAACAAAGACGCAGCUACGCACCCUAAGAGCAUCUUCAAUUGGCCUCUCGAUACAAGAUGCAGCCAAGUAUGCCAAAGACACUGGAUUUACUGCAGAGAAUGGUCUCAUCAAGGAUGUUCAUAUUACUAAGUUUCAACUUUCGAUUGAUGAGCUUUUACAGAUUGCACGCUCCAGCGACCCUGAAAAGGUCAUUGAAUACAUGAAGAAUGUAGUCAUCAACGUGCGACAAAUCUCUCAAGAUAUCGACCAAGCACCACAAAGUAGUGCAGAAUUAGCCCAGAAGCAGGUCAAGCUUAAGUCUAGACUCUCGGCGACGGCGAAUAAUCUGAUCACUGCAUCCAAGAAUUUUGCUGGGGCCAAGGGACUCUCGCCUGUUUCUUUGCUUGAUGCAGCCGCUUCCCAUCUUACCACGGCGGUAGUUGAGCUUGCCCGGACGGUAAAGAUCAGACCUACGCCUGUAGGAGAGCUAGAAGAUAAUGGUGACGGUACUUUAGUCUCAAACGACGUAGUAGCACCUGCGCCUGUAUCAACUCAACCUUCUACCAUAGGAGGACUUUUCUCAUCUAAGCCUGCAACAGCAACUGAACCUAAGCCCGCAACAACUAAGCCUUCCACCGGAGGCCUCUUUGGAUUCUUUGCAUCACGUGAAGUCAAGCAAGAGAAUGCUCCACCACAGCAAGAAGCCCCUCAACCACCAACAGAGAAUGUUCAACCCCUAAAGAAUAAUAGCAAACAAAGCAUGGAUUCACCACGUCACAGUCUAGACAAUUUUGACAGGCAAAGCGAGGACAUACCGAGGGAAAGCUUUGAUGACUAUGUUCCUGGCCCAUUCCUUGGUCUAGGAAAUAAUCGCGCUAGCACCAAUUCGUCUAUGUACAGUCCAAUCAAUUCUCCUCGCGAGUCAAUCAUAAUUCCCACGAGUUCUGUAAAGGAUACUUUAAACGCACCUGAACCUAGUCCUAGAGAACCCCCUUUAAGCCCAAUGACUAAUGGCGCCGAGCCUGUUAAUGGAAGCGCGAAGCCACUUCCACUGGCACUACAAGCGCCCCGAGGUCCCCCAAGUGGUCCUCCAAGCCCCCUGCCAGCUUCAAUGGGGGCAGGGUUUGGCCUCAGAUCGCAAGAUAGUGAUAUUGAAGAUCUCAAGAUAUAUCUUGAAGACCAAACGGCGCUCUUAGUCCAGAACAUUCAGUCUCUCGUCUCUUCCAUUCGUUCAGAAGGCGGUAUAAAUGCUAUUUCAACCCAGAUUGAUGCAAUUGCCAGUGUUGUUGGUGAAGUUGUUGCUUCUACUGAGGAAGCCAUGGUUAACAAUCCAGCGCUCCGCUCACAAUGUCAACCAGUCUUGACAAAACUUUCUGGGUGCAGAGAGAGAAUCAUGGCUGCAGGCGAGGAGGGCAGAGAAAUUGCAAUUGAGGGAAGAGAAGAUGACGAAGGUGAUGCAGAAUGGCGAGCUUGGAAUCAAAGCCUACCACCUAUCGCGUUCGAAAUUGCUCGAGAAACCAAAGAAUUGGUCUUGAGAGUUGAUGUCCUUGAUGGAGAAGGUGGCGGAGAUGACGACUUUUCAUAA